CCACAUCCCAGGAGGAGAGAAGAAAAGGGAGAGUCGCACCGUCCUCGGAGUCAGUCUCAGUUUCCAUUCUGCACCUUUCUCAUCUCAACCUCAAGCAACUGGACAACUUUCUCCGCACACCUUUCACUCUCUCCAAGAGACCAAACAACCUGAGUGAAAAUACGUUUUCUUCUCUCUCUCUCUCUCGCAUUCCUCAGCAGUUUCAGGAGGAAAAGUGCGGCCCGAUAGUGAACAAAAAAGUGACUGGAUUGUAAUUAGAAAAUUGGGAACCAAUAUAGUAUCAAAGUGCCCCUUUGAACCUUAUCUUAUCAGGCAUCUUAUCAGGAACAGUAUAAAAGUAGACAAGUGGUUAUAGAAAUAUCUAUCUUAAAACCCGUGGGAAAAAAUGGCUUCUUUAAAAUUCUCGUCAUCCUGGAACACUUCAUCCGCGCUUAUGCUCUUCCUCGUCGUUGCGUUCGUUGGGACGUUGAGCGUGGUGGAAGGGAUACGAUGUUACCAGUGCGGGACUUAUAUCAUCACGUCGGUCACGCCUUGUCGAAACCUCAGCUCGACACAUUUGCACGAGUGUCCCCCAGAAGCUCAGUUCUGCUCCAAGUACUCAAACCCGGCGAUUCAGGUUUAUGGAUGUGAAAAACAUUGCGAGGAACGUGUGCAAAACUCGUUCGAAAUCCAUUGCUGUGGCGAAGACAAAUGCAAUGGUGCCGAAAUAACGCGAGGUUCGAGUUGGAUUUUUCUCCUAGCGAUCCCCGCAACCUGGUAUAUGAUGCUUUAACUUGUCGCCUAUGAAAUGUCGUCAUCAAGCAAACAUCCACCAGACGACAAGAACGACGACGAUGCCUCUACACUCUCUUUUACUUCUGUCUUACUAGCGCCGUAACAUGGCACCAUUGCAUAUUCGAUAAUGUGACGGAGUGAUUGGGUAAAAAAUCUUUACUUUCUCCAACAAUUGGCAUCAUAAUUUCCAGGACGUUGAUUUCAUCUCCAUCUCAAAAUUAUCUAUUAACCUGUCUGUAAACAAUUUCAAACACAUAUAAAUCGAGUGUAUGCAGUUACAUUUUUUGUGUCACGUGGCACAAGUUUCAAAUUUCAAUGAUCACAGGUGCACUAAUUGUUAUCGUUCUCCCCAAAUUAACAUAGGCUAGGUGAAUGUGUACCACCACCUCAGUAAAAAAAAUUAAUGGUGCUUUUAACACAACACUCACAUUCUGCAUCCAUUCUACUACUACUAACCAACCUGUUUCAGAAACAUUGCUUAAUUGGUCUCGUCUCAUUUCAAUCAAAUUUCCAUUUUUCUUAUGUAAACCAGACUCACCAUGAAGUUUGUAUGUGUCUCACACCUUUUAUGAUGUAAAUGGCUUUGACGAAUCGUGUCUGCCUGUUUAAGAACAAAAAAAUAGUGCAUAGUUCGCGUUGAAAUAUUCACUUAUCUAUAAUAUCAGACUGUGGCGUAAAUUAACUAAUAAUCGAAUCUAUUUUGUCACCUUAUUUCCUUCCUUUUCACCUCUGAUCUGACAAUGAGUGUGCAUACAUAGUAUUCAAAUACAGAAAUGCAUGCUAAGUAAUUAAGAAGGUGCGCGUGAAAUUAUUAAAUACAUCUUUAUCCUUGUUACAUAUUGCAUUCCUGCGUGAAAAACUAAUCGCAUUUGAUUUAAUAAUUAUUCAUUCAAACUGGAGAUGAUAAUUAAUUACUACUUAAAAUAAUAACUACGUAAUUACAACUACUUUCCUACACAGCUUCAAUGUCUAAAUACUACUUAAUCGAGAACAAUAUUAAGCUCUCUCUGGUAACCGAUAAGUACAUAUAUUUCUGAUCCGCGGCGAAUUUUUGCAUUUUUCUCUCAUUUUAAGUUAGUCUAACUAACACAACUAUUAUUAAACAUUUGUAAACUUGCAUAUCCUUGUGAAUGUUGGUUGCGCAAGAAAUAUGUAGUUCACUCCGUGUAAGUAAUCAUUACAAUAUUUCGUUACCAACACUUCCCUGCAGUCCUUAUUUUUCGCAUGCAUGACCGGACCGGAAUGUGUGCACAGUGCAUAAAAAAUUGUGUAAAAUACUAAUUCUUAAUAUAUUUCAAAGAUAUGAAAUGUUGUUGGAAACCUGUGCAUUAAAUAUGACAUAUUACAGAUAUGUAUAAAAAGUAUAGAGGAAGAUACAUACAGAAACUAUUCAUUCACUCCGUGUAACAAUUUAUGUGUGGAAUAGUAAUAAUAAUGUUAAUUAAGGCGAUGAAAUAGUGAAUUAAAAGUUUUCCAGGAUGGUUCAAAUAAUAACAAACGAAAUAUAUUGCACCAUUUCCACCACCUCCGAAAUAUUCCAGAAAUAUUCAAUUUUAGCGAAUCGCAAAAUUCCUCCUACAACAUAUGUAUGUAAUUCAUUAUUUGCAAUAUUAAUAAACCUGUUCACAAUUAGUAGUGGUAGUUUUAUGUAUGUAUUUAUGUAGAUGAAUUGAUUUUAGCCUAGUUUAGCAUAAGUACUUAUCUCGUAAUAAGCCACAAUACAGAUAUAUAAAUGUUGUAAAUUAGUGGGUAGAAAAUGUGAAGGAAAACCUUGUAUUACGAUUCUCCUUCUACAAUCAAAGUAGUGAGUUUCAAUAAUUUGAGGUAAUUUGAAACUUAUUUUACCAUUUCGUUUUUACAGAUUGAUUCCAUGUAUUACUGAUUUUUGAAAUGAUGUAUUGGUUCGUUUAUUUUACAAAAAAGUGUGUCAGCAAGGUUGCAAUUAUUCGUUUUUUUUAAAUUUGUGUAUGUGUAUUUUCAUGGUGGUCGAAAAAAAACAUUGUCUGACCUUAAAAUAUGUCAGGGGGUUUGUGCUAGCAUAAAAAUGAGACGGGUACUACAUCAGGAACUGAGGUUACAAAAAAGUGUAAAAAUUUGGUUAGUUUUCAUUUCGUUUUUUUGUGAAUUUUUUUGAGUAAAUAUACAAUUUGUAGAAAUAUUCAAAUAGUUAUUAUUUACUUUACGCAACCUACAUGCUUACCUUUAAAAACCAAUCAAUUACAUAUUAUAUGUGCACCAUAAACAAAAUUGUAAUCAUGAUAUUAAAUGGUUUACUAAUAAAAUUUUUAAAAAACCUA